AUGGUGAUUCUUGAUGAGUAUAUGGGUGUGAAGUACACAGAACACAAAUCCGUAUUCACAAAGUACGCCGGAAAGUCGCCGGAGGAGAAACUCUCCGGUGGAGGUGGAAUAUUCCGACCGGCUUCGAGGAUGGUCCGAAUCUCCAUGACCGAUCCCGACGCCACUGACUCAUCCAGCGACGAGGACGAGUUACCGAUUCCUCGCCGGAGGGUGAAGCGGUUCGUGAGCGAGAUCAGAGUCGAGCCGAGUUGUUUCAUUGAGCCACGAGCCCCCGAGUGGUAUUUUAAUCAGAAAAUGGAUUACUUGAAGAACAAAGUUCACCCAGCAUUUGUCAGGGAACGACGUGCCAUGAAGACAUAUUUUAACUCGGCUUCCGUACCGACGAAGGAACGGAAGCGUAUUGCGGCUGAGUCGCCGUCAUUGAAGGUUUCCUCCGGCCACGCCGCCGACGGCAGAAAGUUCCGGGGAGUGAGGCAGCGGCCGUGGGGGAAGUGGGCCGCCGAGAUUCGUGAUCCAGAACAGCGGCGGAGGAUUUGGCUCGGGACGUUCGACACGGCAGAGGAAGCCGCCGUCGUUUACGACAAUGCAGCGAUUCGCCUCCGUGGACCCGACGCUCUCACGAAUUUCCUCGUACCUCCGGCGGAGCCUGUCGUGUCCGGACAAGAGAAGCCGGAGACGAACACUUCGUCGUCGUGUUGCGAGUCGUCCGACGAGUUUCAUCACCGCCUCUCGUCUCCGACUUCGGUUCUCAAUUUCAGGACCCAUUUGGCCGAAGAAGACGAAUCGAUCACUAAACCGGCGAAAAAGGUCAAAACGGAGUUGCCGGGAAAUCCGUGGUUCCAAACCGGGAACAGUAUCUCCGGCGAUUCGGACGAUUCGUUGCCGUUAGACACUCCGUUUCUCGACAGUUUCUUCAACGAGCCGCCGGAGAUUUCGAUUUUCGACCAACCCAUGUCGGAUAUCCUGCCGGAAAAUGAUUUCUUCGCCGACAUAGUUUUCGACGAAGGUAUGAGCAUAGGAGGGUCUGAUCCAUUGCCGGAUUUUAAUUCCGACUACAAAGAUUUCGAAGAUUUAUUAAUAUUUCCCGAACCAUUAAGCGCAGUAUGAACAAGAAAAAACAGACCGGAAAUGUGAACUCUCCGGUCAGUUUUCCGGCGAGGAGUAUUUUCCGGUGAGAGAAAUUUUGUGAGGGGUGUGUUUCAUGAAUCUUUUUUUUCCUUAGUUGUUUCGGAAUAAUUUUAAUUUUUGUGGACCGACUUGUAAAACAGUUUUGGAGAAAUAGUGGAAAAAAUAGUUUAUUUACUUUUUUAAGUCGUAUCA